UGAUUUCUACCUUUCUCUCGUAUUUUAAUGUUUCUUUCUUCACAAUUUUGUGUGUGUGUUAAACGCUCGUUUUAAAGAACCUUUUUGUUUUCGACCACUCAUCCAUCGUAGAGAAGUUCUGCAACUCCAGCUUGCUGACUUGAAUUGAAACAUUUGCAGCAUUCAGUGUGGAUUUAAACAAAGAACAGGUCUCUUGGACUCUUGUCUGCACUGCUGGGGAAGGAGCUGCAGAGCCGCCCUGCCAGCAGCACGGAUGGCCGAACCACGAAGUCCUUACACCCCAGGAGUUAUUACCUGGAACUACUGAAGCAUUGGGGCCAGGAGCGCAGGAAAGAGCGAUAGAACUCAGGCCAAGAUUGGUGACCAUCGCGGGGCUGCCGCCUGGUGCACAGGCUUCUCGGAGCAGCAAGUUCUUCCGACAAGCCUAAGGCAGAACCAGCACCCUUUCCCACCCCGAAUCCCUGCCAGGUCCGGCAGCCACAAUGCAGAUUCUAGGGCUCCUCCAGGCUGCUGCAUGUGGGAAGAGGACAGAGCUUUGUGGACAGAAUUGACCAGGCCUUCCCGUGCCUGGGGGCACAGGAGUUGGGCUUGCAUGAGGGUGCUUUGGGCCCCAUGACACCCUUCCUAAGUAAAGGUCGAGGAUAGACAAGGCUGAGGAUCCGUGGGUCUCUGCUUUAGCAGCCGCUUUGGUAACUUGGUUCAGAGAUCAGACAGAGAAAGAACGGCCUGUGAACACAGUGGAAAUGAAAAGUGCCAGCCCAAAAGGGACAGGAUGCUGGGGAAUGCGCUCCGAGGGAGGCUGGACACAGCCCUUUCCCACCGGGCUCAUCCUCGCCCUCUCUCCCCUCACACAGGAGCUGCAAGGUGUACUGGACUGCGAAGGGAAAGCAGCGAGAACUCAACGGGCCCCAGAUUCUCAAGGCACCUUCCCUUUGUUUAACAGCUUGCAGAGAAAAGACGAGAGAUUAUAACUUUCUCAGGAAAGGAAAAACCUCUUCCUACCAAACCUCAGAAAUAACGCAUCACCUGUCUCUCCCCACCCAACCCCAUCGUGAAGAUUCUCUUGGGGGAAAAGGUGGUCAUUGAUUUGAGGCCCGCUAAAACUAGGGUCCAACAGCGAUGCCUUCUCUCUGCCUUUGGAAAGCUUAGAUUGCUUAGUUGAAAAAUCGGUGCACGCUUCCCACACACUCACUGAUCCUUGUGACAGGUAAGCAACCAGCCCUUUCCACGCCUCCGCAGACCAAGGUCACCAAAUGACCCAAUCCCACCCCCAUGAGUCGUCAAUCCUGCCGGCUCUAGCUGCCCUUUCCGAGCCCCGGUCCAAGAAGUUUCCUUCCAUUCGUUUUAUUUCUCUGCUCAGCCUGCCUGAGGUCCUCAGUGAUUAGCAUGGAUUUGGAUUUUAAUUGCCUCAAUCAGCAGUCUUUCUCCCCAGCCGUCAGUCAGAACCUGGACGGUGGGUUCGGCGACCACACGCUCUGAAGCUCAGGAAUGGUGCUCCCCACGGGACUGUGCGGCAACCAUAGGAUCUACUAAGGAGCUGAAGUGAGCCCAUCAAUGCAUAGAUACCCUUCCCCCACCGUCCCCUCCCCAGGCUCGCGAACGCCCCUGAUUCCAGCCCGGUCUCCGGAGCUCCCAGGGUCACAGUGACCUCAGCACCCUUUUGGAAAGGCGGCGCGAGAAUUGCGCCUCCUUCCCUGCAGCUGGAACCAGACCUCAAACAAUACGCCUCUCGGUGCAAAUAACAGGCUGUCUUGGGCCACCCUUCUCGCCCCACUAAGGUCUCUCUGGUUGGUCUACCAAGGCUGAGGCCGGCUCGCGGUCAGCCGCGUUAGCACCCUGGACAGCGCGCCCCUGCCGGCGGGGGCGCCGGCACCCUGCUGCUUAGCGCUUCCCCAGGGGCUCGCCUGCACAUUUCCCACGCACUCAGGCUGACUCCUGCUCGGACUCACUCUAUGCCUCGCACUCUCAUGAUUCAGCCCCACCCCCUUACAUGUUUUUCUCCUCCGCCGCCCACUCAUCUAUCCCUGUAGGACUUCCUCUCCUUCAAAAUCGCUCGGGCGCUCCGUGCUUUCCCAUUUCCUGGCUGUGAGGACCCUUUGGUUCCUUUCCCUAUUCAACUCUUCAGCUUUCAGAGUGUUGCCACGUCUCUAAGCUCUAAUCCCAGCACUCUCACACACAUGCAGACACUCACGUUUCCUGUCCCUAUGUGACACCCACCCGGUCCCCGCGCGGCGUCCUCCUCCCGCCACACACACACACACACACGCACGCACGCACGCGCGCAGGGCCGAGCGGAGGACAGCUCGCCGGCAGUUCGCACUUGGAGGCGUCCUGCUUCGGUCUCGCAGCGCUGAUGGCAUCUCCGGGCUCGGGCUUUUGGUCCUUCGGAUCUGAAGAUGGCUCUGGGGAUCCAGAGAACUCUGGCACAGCGAGAGCUUGGUGUCAGGUGGCCCAGAAGUUCACGGGCGGCAUCGGAAACAAGCUAUGCGCCCUGCUCUACGGAGACGCAGAGAAGCCGGCGGAGAGCGGCGGGAGCCAGCCCCCGCGGACCACCUCCCGCAAGGCUACCUGCGCCUGCAACCAGAAGCCCUGCAGCUGCCCCAAAGCGGAGGUCAACUAUGCGUUUCUACACGCAACAGACCUGCUACCAGCGUGUGAUGGAGAAAGGCCCACUUUGGCAUUUCUGCAAGAUGUUAUGGACAUUUUGCUUCAGUAUGUGGUGAAAAGUUUCGAUAGAUCAACCAAAGUGAUUGAUUUCCAUUACCCUAAUGAGCUUCUUCAAGAAUAUAAUUGGGAGUUAGCAGACCAGCCACAAAAUUUGGAGGAAAUUUUGAUGCAUUGCCAAACAACUCUAAAAUAUGCAAUCAAAACAGGGCAUCCCAGAUAUUUCAAUCAGCUUUCUACUGGACUGGAUAUGGUAGGAUUAGCAGCAGACUGGCUGACAUCAACUGCAAACACUAAUAUGUUCACCUAUGAAAUUGCUCCGGUAUUUGUGCUUUUGGAAUAUGUCACGCUAAAGAAAAUGAGAGAAAUCAUUGGCUGGCCUGGGGGCUCUGGCGAUGGGAUAUUUUCUCCUGGUGGAGCCAUAUCCAACAUGUAUGCCAUGCUGAUUGCACGCUUUAAGAUGUUCCCUGAGGUCAAGGAGAAAGGGAUGGCCGCUGUUCCCAGGCUCAUUGCCUUCACCUCUGAGCAUAGUCAUUUUUCUCUCAAGAAGGGAGCUGCAGCCUUGGGCAUUGGAACAGACAGUGUGAUUCUGAUUAAAUGUGAUGAAAGGGGGAAAAUGAUCCCAUCUGACCUUGAAAGAAGGAUCCUUGAAGCCAAACAAAAAGGAUUUGUCCCCUUCCUUGUGAGUGCCACAGCUGGGACCACUGUCUAUGGAGCAUUCGAUCCCCUGCUAGCUGUCGCUGACAUCUGCAAAAAGUAUAAGAUCUGGAUGCACGUGGAUGCAGCUUGGGGUGGGGGAUUACUGAUGUCCCGAAAACACAAGUGGAAACUGAGCGGCGUGGAGAGGGCCAACUCUGUGACAUGGAAUCCACAUAAGAUGAUGGGUGUCCCUCUGCAGUGCUCUGCUCUCCUCGUUAGAGAAGAGGGGUUGAUGCAGAGCUGCAACCAGAUGCAUGCCUCCUACCUCUUUCAGCAAGAUAAACACUAUGACCUGUCCUACGACACCGGAGACAAGGCCUUACAGUGUGGACGCCACGUUGAUGUUUUUAAACUCUGGCUCAUGUGGAGGGCAAAGGGGACAACUGGGUUUGAAGCGCACAUUGAUAAGUGUUUGGAGCUGGCGGAGUAUUUAUACAACAUCAUCAAAAACCGAGAAGGGUAUGAAAUGGUGUUUGAUGGAAAGCCUCAGCACACAAACGUCUGCUUCUGGUAUGUUCCACCGAGUCUGCGAGUGCUGGACAACAAUGAAGAGAGGAUGAGCCGCCUUUCCAAGGUGGCUCCAGUGAUUAAAGCCAGAAUGAUGGAGUCUGGGACCACGAUGGUGAGCUACCAGCCCUUGGGAGACAAGGUCAAUUUCUUCCGCAUGGUCAUCUCAAACCCCGCAGCAACCCACCAAGACAUUGACUUUCUGAUUGAAGAAAUAGAACGCCUUGGACAAGAUUUAUAAUAACCUAGCUCACCAAGCUGUUUCAUUGUCUCUAGGUAGACAAUGAAGUUGUCACAAACCGUGUAAAUGUAUUUGUAGUUUGUUCCAAAGUAAAUCUAUUUCUAUAUUGUGGUGUCAAAGUAGAGUACAGUUUAAAAAAAAUCAAAAGCAAACAAACAUUGCUCCUUUUCAGAAUCCUUUCUUAAGUUAAGAUUACCUCUCUAAUAAUUAGUGACAAAAGGCUGUGUGCUAAUCAAUAAGGAAAAGCUUAAUAUUGUUAUAAAUACUUCCCUUACUUUUAAUAUAGUGUGCAAAUCAGAGCUUUAUUUUCACUUCAGAGUAGUAGGAUUGAAUAGUGCCAAAUUGCCCCUGAAUCAUCAAAGGUUCUUUGGGGUGCAGUGAAAAGGGUAAAGUAAAUAUAAAAUGUAUGUUGACAAUAAAAAAAAAACUUUUGCCUUUUUCAUAGUAGUAGGAAAAAAAAAGUUUCUAAUUUACCUAUAGCAACAUGUCAAAUGUAUUUAAAUACAUAUAAUUUUACAAGAGGAAAAUAUAUAUAUUAAAAAGAAAUCCUAUUUUGUAACAUACAGAUUUUUAUUUUGUAUGGGUUAUACAAACUGCAGGGGCAGAUAUAAAAACUAAGCCAGAUUUUUUUUUCUCUUUCUUUUAACGGAGGCACAAGAAAACUCUUAGCUAAGUUAUUUUGAAACAUAGGCCCACAAAAUUCUCAAAAGGUAUGUCCCUUUCUUUCUGUUCACUUUAUGGCUUAUCACCUCUCCAAAGUUAGUAUUAUAAAACAAACGCAAAAGAACACUGCAAGUUCUUUAAAAAUGAUUGGUCAGACUGACAAUAAGAUUCUCUUCCCAUUUAAGUUUUUUACCCACUUAACCUCAGCGGACCCACGAAGUCGGCUAGGCAUGACACAGCCAAGCUUCAUCAUAGAUUCAAUUAGGGAUAAUCAUCUCUUUUCUGCUUUCCAGUUCAGCCUGUUUUGAACAGAAGGUUGAUGCUAGUUCUUGAGGUAUUUGCCCUAACAGUAUUCCUUUAUUAGGUCAUUUGGAUUAAUUAGAGAAAAUAAAAAUAAAAUCUCAUCAGCCCGAGCAAAGAGGAAUGAAACACACUCCAGAAUGUAGUGAGCCCAGAAAAUUAAACUUGGCCUUAGACCUCUGUGUGAGGAUAAUGACGUCAUCCUGGAUGCCCUAUUGCCCCCGCCCAGGAAGGAGUCAUUUCCCUCCCAAGUAAUUGCUUAUCCCCAUUCUCUCCCCAUUCCGACCCCCCAAAGUCUCUCCUGCUAAACUCCCCAUCACUGCCAUCCCAAAUAAUUCAUUUCUAUUCCAUGGCUGGUUAUUUUCCUCUCAGGAAAGGAGCUCCUCAGCCAGGAUUUUGAGACUUCAUCUUAAGACCUCCUUUUAUCUGUCUCCCAUCAAGAUCCAAAGGGACCAGAGUAUGCGGAGACAAGAUGCUCCUUAGAAUUCAAAAUAAUAUUUUAAAAGCAUCCUUCUGCCCCUGCAAACCUGAUGGAGAGACUUGAGCUAAUGAGAGCUCCCAUAGAUAUCAUCAGAUUCCAAGUGCGAGCAGGAAACCUCUGGACCUGUAUAUGCAGAUGGCAGAUGCAUGUUUAGAAACAUUUGUCCUUUCUGUAUGGUCCAGUCAGAUCAAUAGUCAAGAAAACUAUAGGUAUAGGAGGGAAGAAAGUGGAGCCUGCCCUUCAGAGAGAAAAGCUCUCAAAUAUAACCAUAGGAUCCAGCCACCUGAAAUUGCCAUUAGCUCACCCUUCCUCUCUCCCAGGCUAUAUACAAAAAUGUUGAUACUUGAGAAGCACGUAGCUUUGGGCCCUUUCUAUCUAGGAAACUAAUGAAAUCCUUCUGACUCUCAGAAGAAAACUCUUUAUCUGUGCCCCAGAAUUUCAUGAAGGAAUAAGCCUCCCAUUCUGGGCCAAGCAUUCUUUUCCUUUCUAGAAAUUGGCUGUUGAUAAUAAGCACACAACUGCCCACCUGUUGUGAGCCAUAGGCCAAAAGGUCCCAUCUCAGAGGCAGAAAUACUAAUGAUCAAACCCACCAUCCUGCUUGAAGGAGACGGCAGAGCCCAGGGCCCUGAUCUGGACAGACCCCUCUCCACUCCAGGAUGCUUCUACCUAGCAGGACAGAUUCUCUAUGAAAGGCACCUGCUUUUUUACUUGAUGGGAUGACAGAAUUUAGAGGAGGAACAUUUGUGCCUGUGUAUGAAAUUCCAGCAAAGUAGUUUUUACCAAUAGCUAGUUUCCCCCACUCCCCUGCCUGUUCCAGGCUCUUCCCCAAGUUUGCUGGGAGCCUUGCUUAAUCCUAUGCAGUGAAAUCCUACCAACCAUAAGCCAGGGAAGCAGAUAAAUAAAAGCCUGAUAGGUCCAGUCGCUUAAUAAAUAUUUUUAAAGGUAGGUUUAUGAUUC